CGCCUGGUGAAGAUUAUACGGUCUCCAUUCCUCAUUUCCUUAAUCUUUUUAAUAAAUAAAAAUUGGGGCUUCAAAUUCGGCAAUAUAUAAGGGGGAUCGACAGCAUCAAUCUCCGUCGCUUCUGCUCAGAUUUUUUUUCCCCUCUUUUUCUUCAUCGCUCGCUCUCUCAUCUACAGAGGGUAGAAGGAAGAGGAAAGCCAAAACCCUAACCCUAAGCCUCUGUUCUUUCGAGGAUUUCUCCCUCCUGUCUCUGUCUCUGUCUCCAUAGAUUUGAGGAGAUAUCUUCUACUAUCACUACCAUAAGCUUUCACAUUUCUUUAGACUAGAUAUUGUCAACAUCAGCUUUAUCUAAAUGGGGGAUGCAGAAAGUGCCCUUCCUUCAUCCAAGAAGAGAGUUGCUGGUAGACAAAUCUCUAAGGAUAAUCCUGAUCCAGAUGAUGAUGUUCCUGAGCCAGAGAUGGGGACUUUUCAAAGAGCCAGCGAGGAAGUGAUGGCUACCAGAAGAAUUGUCAAGGUUCGGCGCCAUCAACCUGCAUCAUCUGCUGGCUCCAAUCCUUUUUCCAGUAUUCGCUUGGUUCCUCCAACCGGUUCUGAUGCAAAAACAACUAGCCCUGCUGAUCAGCCUCAAACCGGUGCUGAUACAGCAGUCUCAGAAGAUCAAAACAAUAAUAAUGAAAAGAUUGAGAAAUCUGGUGAUGAAGAUGAGGAAACCGAAAAUGGAGCUGCAGUGAAUGAAACAGAGGGGACAAUAGAGAAUAACAGGAAGUCAGCACAAGAUAUUAAUGAUGUGCUGGCAGCUAAGAGUGAUGAAACAGGAGAGAAUAACAGGAAGUCUGCAGAAGGCAUUGCUGAUAUAUCAGCAGCUAAGAGUGAUGAAAAGGUCAAAAGUGAUACAAUGGAAGAGGUCAUUCAGCCACUGCAAAUGGGUAACGUAGUGCAAAAUGGAGGAAAAGAAGCUGAAGAGGAUGCUGGAGAAGGAGCAGGUGAGGAAGAUGGGGAAGAAACUGAAAAGAAAACUGGAAAUGAAACGGAGAAGGCUGUUGGAGAAGAGACUGAGAAAGAAAAGCUGGAAAAUGACCAUAAAGGUGCCACUGUGUCAGCCGGAUCUUUUAGUUCAUUUCAACAGUUGUCUAGUAGCCAAAAUGCAUUUACAGGGCUGGCAGGUACUGGCUUUUCGAACUCUUCAUUUUCUUUUGGUUCCAUUGCAAAAGCAGGAUCUACAUUUGGUGCAAGUUCUGGUUCUCUUUUUGGGCUUACGAACAAUGGGAGUUCUUCCUUGUCAUUGCCUGGUACUGCACCGGAUGCUUCUAAAAGUAGCAAACUUUCCAUGCAGGAGGUGCCUGUUGAAACAGGUGAAGAGAAUGAGAAGGCACUGUUCACUGCUGAUGCUAUAUUAUAUGAGUAUUUAGAUGGAGGGUGGAAGGAAAGGGGAAAAGGAGAGCUUAAAGUGAACAUCUCUAUAUCUGGUGCUGAAAAGGCAAGGCUUGUUAUGAGGGCUAGGGGUAACUACAGGCUUAUCCUGAAUGCAAGCCUUUACUCAGACAUGUCACUCACUAAUAUGGAUAAAAGAGGCAUAACUUUUGCUUGUGUCAAUAGCAUUGGAGAAGGAAAUAAUGCACUGGCCACAUUUGCUCUGAAAUUCAAGGACAGUAGUAUUGUAGAAGAGUUUCGAGGAGUGGUCACAGCACACAAAGGAAAGAGGGCCCCUGUACUGAAGACACCUGAGAAUUCCCCUUAGGCAUCUGAUGAUUGAAAUGAUUACGACAUGGCUGGAUGAGUCAAAGAGGAUUAUGUUUAUUGUUUGUCAGGACUUCCAAAAUUAAACAUUUGGCGAUUGAGCUGAUCUUACUGAAGGCUGGUUUUCAGCUUCUAGUACGACAGUUGUAAAAGCUAAGGGAUGUUCUGAGAACCUUCGUAGGCCUUGGUUGCCAUAACUCGAUAACUCUUUCUACAUGUAAAAACCAUCAGGCUGUUAGGUCUGUUUCGUAUGGUUUUUAAUCCUUUUUAUCGAAUAAGAUCUGAACCAGCCCUAUAUUGUAUAUUUGUGCCUACUUCAAGUAAAAGAGUGGUACAGUUAUUUAAGGCAGUGAUGCAGGUUUAAUUCAUGUUCAUAUUUUCCUUUUCACUCCCUUUUUAGGUGGGUGUGGUGGAGAGGGAUCAGAUGCUGUUCAUGCCAGUGCAUAAAAAAUGUAAUCCUAUUUUUUAUGCUAACAUGUCUGCAUAAACUAGAUACAACUUGUUCUUU